ACUACAAACAUUCAGUAGCGAGACUGCUGGGCAUCGACACAGUUCUCAUUCCGCGGAAUCAAGCUGGAAAAAUGGGACUGCAGGUCGACGACGAUAAAGAAAGCUUUUCGGACACCGUUCUGUACCAUGUCUUGUCGAAGGAAAAGGAGCUGAAGAGAAGGCUGCCCUGGUACUAUGCCCCCUCCUUUCUGCUCCUCUGGGUUGUGCUAUUCUACGCCAUCGUACUUCCGCUUUUCUACCGGCUUCCACACCGAAUCACAAUGGCCGACGAGCCACUUAAGCCGGGCCAAUUCGUGGCCGAGAGAGCGCAGAAGAUACUCUACGAACUGGAUCGUAUCGGACCCAAAGUGGUCGGGAGCACAGCAAAUGAGGUGACUACGGUUGCAUUUCUCUUAAACGAGGUGGAAAAGAUUCGGGGCGAAAUGAGCGGAGACCUCUUCGAUUUGGAGGUGGACGUCCAGCAACCAACGGGUUCCUAUGUUGUGGGCACCAUGACCAGCAUUUACCAGGGCAUUCAGAAUGUGGUUGUAAAGCUGAGUACUGCGAGUUCAAAUAGCACAUCCUAUCUGCUAAUCAACAGUCACUUCGACACGAAGCCAGGAAGUCCCGGUGCUGGAGAUGAUGGCACAAUGGUUGUAGUCAUGUUGGAGGUUCUUCGACAAAUGUCCAUUUCCGGGAGCACGUUUGUGCAUCCAAUAGUCUUUUUGUUCAAUGGCGCCGAGGAGAAUCCCCUGCAGGCAUCCCACGGCUUUAUCACCCAGCAUAAGUGGGCACCGAACUGCAAGGCAGUUAUCAAUUUGGAAGUUGGUGGUAAUGGUGGUCGAGAUAUCCUGUUCCAGAGUGGUCCAAAUAAUCCCUGGCUAGUGAAGUAUUACAAAGAGCACUCAAAGCAUCCGUUUGCCUCUACAUUGGCGGAAGAGAUCUUUCAGUUCGGAAUACUGCCCUCUGAUACAGAUUUCCGAAUAUUUCGAGAUUACGGAAACAUUCCCGGACUUGAUAUAGCGCAGUUUAGCAACGGAUACGUUUAUCAUACGGCAUUCGAUAGCUUCAACGUUGUUCCAGGACGUUCGGUUCAGAGCACAGGAGAAAACAUUCUAUCCCUCGCUCGAGCUCUGUCCAAUGCCAGUGAACUAUAUAACACUGAGGAGCAUAGUGCAGGACAUGCUGUUUUUUUUGACUUCCUGGGACUCUUCUUUGUGACCUACACGGAAAGCACUGGCACAAUCUUAAACUAUUGCUUUGCCGCCAUAGGAGUUCUUCUCGUUGGCUGUUCGCUGUGUAGGAUGUCCUGCGUGUCAGAGGUUUCAGCAGGAAGGAUUUCGAUUCUGUUUGCCAGUCAUUUUGCACUGCACCUUGCGGGCUGUCUUCUGUGCAUUGGCUUGCCCUUAUUAAUGUCAGUCUUAUACGACGUCAGCGAUCGAACAAUGACUUACUAUAGUAACAACUGGUUGGUGAUUGGUCUUUACAUAUGUCCGGCGAUCAUUGGUCUGGUGCUACCCUCCUCACUUUACCACUCAUUCUGCUCAAAUGAUAAAAUUGGCUACCCGUACCAGAUAUACGUCGGCUUACAUGCCCAUUGCGUGGUGCUGUCUCUUCUGUCAAUUGUUUUGACUGCCAUUGGUUUGCGGAUUCCUUAUAUGUGCAUGAUUUCCUUGCUCCUUUAUGUCGUCUCCCUACUCAUUAAUCUAUUGACAACAUUGCAUGAUCGCGGAUACUACUGGGUAUUAACCGUGCAGAUAGUCCAGCUGCUUCAAUACGUGUACUUCUGCUACCUUUUCUACAUAUUUCUCGUGAUAUUUUUUCCGGCGAUGGGCCGGAAUCGCGACUCCGCUAAUCCCGACAUGCUUAUUGCGCUGAUCUGUGCCGUGGGAACUUUCUUCGCCCUGGGCUUUGUGGUUCCCCUGAUUAACAUGUUCCGUUGGUCUACCUUUUUACUGAUUGGCCUUGGCGUGGUGACCUUCAUAUUUAGCAUGAUUUCCGUAUCGGACGUUGGUUUCCCCUAUCGUCCCAAGACCAGUGUGAUGCGCGUAAACUUUCUGCAAACACGUCGAAUGUUUUACGAAUACGAUGGUAGCCUUAGCGUCAACGAUUCGGGGUACUACUUUGACUACCAGGACAGACGAGCUCUCCGUCCACUCAAAGAUUACGCCGUUAACCUGACCGGACUAACACCAGUGGAUGCGUAUUGCGAUAAGUACGUAAUGUGUGGAAUACCUUGCUUUUGGAGCAGCUGGUGCAGGGGGAUCUCCAGUGCUGCCUGGCUGCCUCGCGAUGAGCAGGUGGCUGUGCCCGGAAACCUGGAACUGAAACUUCUUAAUAAAACACUCUCGCAAUCGGGAAAUUCUGCGAGAUUCGAGUUUGAGCUGGCUGGUCCACCGCACAUGGGCCUGUAUAUACGACCGCUGGAUGGAGUGGCUGUGGAGAAUUGGUCCUUUAUACGGACAAUGCUGGACAAGCCAGAAAAGUACUCACCACCCUAUCAGAUAUACUUCUCAUACGGCGUGGAUAGCUCCUCUUUCAAAUUCCACAUCGACUUCGCUAAAUCCGAUGGACAAUUGGAUGGACCGAUUUUCGAGCUGGGCGUUGUUGGACAUUACGUAAGCCAGGAUUUCGAGAGGGAUGAAACUACCCUUGGGUUCAUAGCUGAUCUGCCGGACUUUGUUUACACUAUGGAAUGGCCAUCUCUGUUUAUGCGUUAUAUCUUCUAGGAUACACUUCCUGGAGCUCAUUUCGUUUUGCAUCCAUUAUAGAUUCGGUAAUCCCAAGUGCUUUGAUAGUGCACUUGAUAAGCCGGCGGCUGUUAGAAAAAUAAAUAUAAUAUUAAUCUCUGAA